CUCUCUCAAAUUCCGUUCUCUCCUUUCCUUCGCUCUGAUUCUUGCAUCCUCAAUUCUAUGUGAAUCCGCUUCGGAUUAUGGCUUUACCAUGGAACUGGUCCACCGCGAGUCGCCGAGGUCCCCGUUCUACAACCCGGCCGACACCCCGUACCAACGCAUGGCCAGCACUAUUCGCCGGUCCAUCGCCCGUGCCCACCGUCUCAACCCGAACGCUGCCGGGGAGCCCAACACGCCCUCCGCGGUGAUCGUCUCCCAGAGCGGGGAGUACCUCAUGAACGUCUCGCUUGGGAACCCGCCCGCGACCAUCGUGGGGAUCGCCGACACGGGGAGCGACCUCAUAUGGACGCAGUGCAAGCCGUGCACGGAUUGCUUCAAGCAAGCGCCCCCGCUUUUCGACCCUAGCAAGUCCUCGACGUACAAGGACGUCUCGUGCCGCGCGUCACUGUGCGGAGCGGUCAGCCAAACCUCCUGCGGCGAAGGCGAAGCAGCGGGGCUUUGCGAGUAUUCUUACUCUUAUGGCGAUAGUUCGUACACUCUGGGAACCCUAGCCACAGAGACCUUCACCAUAGGGUCCACCUCGGGCAGGCCCGUGAGCUUCCCCAACGUGCUCUUCGGGUGCGGACACGAAAACGGCGGGAACUUCGGUGGUGGCCAAAUGAACGGAAUCGUCGGGCUCGGGGGUGGCGACGCCUCGCUCAUUUCCCAAAUGGGGAAAGCCACCGGCGGCAAAUUCUCCUAUUGCUUGGUGCCCUUCUUCUCGGAGCGUGGAAGAUCUAGCAAAUUGAACUUCGGGGCCAAUGCCGUGGUUGCUGGCAGCGGCGUCGUCUCCACUCCUCUAAUCCAAGGGGAGCAAAAGACCUUCUACUACCUAACCCUAGAAGCGGUAAGCGUCGGCAAAACGAGGAUAGAUUUUCCCUCCGAAGGCCCUUCCGCCACGGACGGAGGGAACAUCAUCAUCGACUCGGGCACGACCUUGACGCUGCUGCCUUCAGAUUUCUACACCCAGAUCGAAGCCGCCAUGGCCAAGUCCGUAAAGCUGCCCAGCGCGAGCGACCCGUCUCAGAUCCUCAGCCUCUGUUACAAGGCCGCGACGGACGUCGGGCUCAACAUCCCUACCGUGACCUUCCAUUUCAAGGGCGCAGACGUGGGACUGGGCAUGGCGAACUCCUUCGUUCGAGUCGCGGAGGACAUCAUAUGCUUCACGCUGAAGCCGGGCGACAUGGCGAUCUACGGCAACUUGGCACAGAUGAACUACUUGGUCGGAUACGACACCCAGAAUAUGAAGUUGUCCUUCAAGCCUGUUGAUUGCACCUCGAACUGAUUUCUUUCAUAGGGUGCGUCUUCAUCCUAGGUGCUCUAGCUUUCUACUGAAUAAUAUUCUCGUGUUCUUGUAA